UGAGGCUUGUCUAUGGUGAGAGGCCAAUGGGCUGAACUUCCUCAGCCUGCAGAGCAGCAGGUUGGCUGCACUGAAUCAUGCUGCAUUGCUCUGCUGCUACUAGACAAACACACAGGAGAGAUUUUGAAGAGCAGAAGUCUGUCAGUUUGACCUAACACCACCCCAGAAGAGCCACUGACACUGCAGCUGGAAGUCAGUCAGAAUGAGACACAACUUGAUGUUUUAAGAUGCCAUUGGACUGAUAUCAGCAUUUGGAGUAAAAGUCGGAGAGCAUGAUGAGAGUUUUUCUUGCCAUUUAACCUCGCCAUCUUUGUGAAAUCCGUUUCCUCCACGUGGAAAACGCAUCAGACAGCCGCUGCUUCAACCAACACGAACAGUGUCCAUUUGAUUCCUUCUCUGACUCUCAUCCUGUGUGAGUGAGGAGGUCACCAUGGCAACUGUGCCACAGGGGAUUGUGGGAAAGCCAAGGUUUGGCCCUAGUGACUGUCUGAUCGCAAUGUUGAGGGCUUGCUCCAGAGAUUCGACUGAGGCGAUUCAAACAAGACUGAAAUGCAUGCUGCAAAUGUUUCUACAGCAUUACAGGGACGCCGAGGGAAAUGAGAAUACUAAAGAGUUGGCAGCAAAGUGCUGCUACGAGGCAGGGGUUUGGUAUCACAGAAUCUUGGAGAACCUGAUCAGUCAAGAGAGGAAAAGGCUGGGCUUCAGUGACAUCUCAGGCAUCUUGGAGCAUGAUCUUUUCCAGCGCUGUCUGGUGGCCUGUUGCUUGGAGAUCGCCGUAACCUCAAACAGCUUACCAUGUGACUUCCCACUGCUCCUUCAGAUCCUCAAACUGGCACCAUACCACUUUUGGAAGGUGAUUGAGCCUGUUUGGCGGGUCGGGUCCGGCUUGCCUCACUAUGUGGUCACACACCUCAUCCAAGUGGAAGAAAAGGUUUUGGAGAACUUGGCCUGGACCAGCGACUCACCACUGUGGGAUGAAAUCACACCCAACGAGGGCCAUAUGCCCACCUGCCAACAGGUAAUGCAUCCAAAUAGGCUCGAAGGUCCAAUGCAAACGGAUCCAGGUGUGCCGAGAGUGGAUGUCAGUUUGGGGAUGAACCGCUCAGCCAGGACAGAGCAGAAGCAUUCCCCAUCAGCUAUAAACAGACAAGAGAAAAGCAGCUCCCUCCAUCUGUUUGCUCGGAAGGUUUACAGCUUGAUGGCCAAGCGCCUAAGGGAGCUGUGUUCCACGCUGGAAAUAUCUGAUGAGCUGCGAUUAAAGAUCUGGACCUGCUUUGAGUAUUCCUUGGUCCACUGCUCUUGUCUAAUGGUAGACCGUCACCUGGACCAACUGCUCAUGUGUGCUAUCUACAUCAUAGCUAAGAUUACCAAGAUGGAGAUACCCUUCAAACAGAUAAUGAAAUUCUACAAGUCACAGCCACGUGCCAACAAAAGUGUCUGCAAAAACGUGCUGAUUUCAGAAAGGAUGGAGGAAAAUUCUGCCAUCAAUAAUGGAAAGCACAGCAGCACUAUCCUAACCCCCAACACACCAUCAACACAUUAUCCAAGACCUGGGCAGGAGGAGCGGGGCAAUCUCAUCCAUUUUUACAACCAGGUCUACACGACAAAGAUGCAGCAUUUUGCCAAACAGUUUGCUCAAACCUCAUUACGAGACACCCCUCCUUUGUCUCCAUACCCUCGACAGUGGAAAGCAUCGCCUCGCUGUUAUCAACUGUCGAACAGCCCGUCCAUCUCCAUUUCACCAUACAACACAGAAACCCCUUCCCCUCACAGAACUGGGCUCUGCUACUACUUCAAUUCAAGUCCCCCAGAGCUUCUGCGUGAGAUCAACAACAUGAUCAAAACGGGCAGGUCGCCAAACAUGCGAUGCUAUGCGGUAUCACUGGAUACAGAUGAGGAAGGAGACGGAUCCUCAGCCAAAAGGCUUCGUUUGGAUGGUCAGUCAGCCUGGCAGAGACGACUAAGGAAUGUAUUCAAUGAUCGCAUUACAAGAACGAAUCAGGACCAGGUCUAGCUUACUCCAGCUAACAUGCCCAACCCCCAAUCCGAUGGAAGUAAAGCACACAUUUGCUUUUUCUCAAAUUCUCUGUCAGCUCAAAGUACUAAAUUUCCGUUGCUUGGCUCUUUUGUUUGGAACCAUUUUUUCUGAUACCAUAAGUCAUGGUGUCAGUUAUUAGACUCUCUAAGAAGAGUCUAAUAACUGACACCAUAUUUGAAGGCCCUGUGUGAUUAACUUGAGGAUGUACUCAUUUGUUCUCACUAGACUGAUCUGUUUUUUAUGUUUGACUUACUUUUGGAAUUUUGAGGUCUGUGAAUAAGCCACGUUAUCCCCAGCACAAUAAUAGAAGACUGGUCAUCCUGGGUUGCUGCCUGAUGGAAGUGUCCUUCAUGAUAUUGUAUGAAUUUAAAGAAAGACAAGGCUACAAAGUGCCCAGUGAGUUUUUCUUAGAUAAAAAAAAGGACUUAGACAGGUCUUUAGCAACUAAAAGGCAGAUUAGUUAGUGUUUGUCUGCAUCCACAGGAAUUAAUAUUUACAGUAAUAUGAAAACAUAAAUGUAUCCACAAAUGCAUCCAAUAGAAAUCUGGGCGAAAAUUGUUUUUUUUUUCUGCACAAAUUUAACAAUUCUGUUAUCUUAGUUUCACGACUCUGUAUAAUUGUGUAUGUGACAAAUAAAGGUUGUUUGUUUUGUU